AUGCUAUACAGACCGAAUACCCCGUGGACCUGGAUCUUUUUUGUUUCCAUCUUUAUUGAAGCCGUGGUGCUCAUCACUCUUGAAGUGGUAAUAUAUACGAGUCUUCGGAACAAUGUUACGCCUAUUGCUUUGAGAGUCCCGCCAUAUAGAUCUAUACCGUCUUUCUUCGCUCUAGUAACACUUGGGCUGGUAUAUCAGCUGCUCCUUGUAUAUGACACAUUGGCGCAUCAAAACACUAUCCAAUUGAUUGGGUUGGGCAUAUACUCGGGCGCAUUAAGCGUAUACAAUGGCAUUCAGUAUAACCAGCUGCGUGGUAUAGUAGAGAUUCUCACAGCCAAUGAUGCUGUACCCCAAAAUACAUGGCCUCUGUUACGGGGUAUGAUCGUUUCGGUCAUCGCUAUAACGACAUCCUUCACUUUUUGGAUCCAAUUUAGUGCGUGGAAGUUGUACGAAGAAUUUGCCUGGGUUACCCUACGAAAGGUGGAAGCCGAUUUACAAAUGAGACGGCGGUAUUUAUGCUUCCAGCUGCUAUUGUCUGUGCUAAAGUUCGAUGGAUUUUUCUUCCUUGGGUUUCUACUACAACUCGCGAUUAUACCUUACAAUAAAAGUGGUCCAACUUUUGUUGCAGUAGUGGCCCUUAUCCCCAUUUCGUGUUGUCUAUUGUUUAUCACAGCGUGGGUCGUCAGGCACGAGUAUCGAGUGGGGACGAUUGUUAUCUCCGUCUUCCAUCUUGCGCUGAUAAGCUUCUUCAUAUACAUGUUUACCGCCUUCUAUUUGCCCCGUACCUACGUGGAAUAUCUCCCGGCUCGAAGGACAUUAAGCUUUUUCGGGAUCAUCACCACUGUAUUGGCACUAGGUACAGUAGCCAUGAUAUGUCUGUGCUUCCGAAAUUUUGGACAAGGGCUUCGUCCGUAUGUCUCCGGCGGCGCAAAGGCUAGACUGCUGGGGGAGACCUUUGAGAUGCAGCUACGGGAGGGUUACUUGCGAGUUCCGCAUGAGGCGACAUGA